AUGGCGCUGUUGCUGACGUACGGAAUCUGCGUUACAAGCGACAUGAAUGAUCUGAGGGGCUUCAACGAGUGCCUGAAGUUCGCAGACGAACGUUUGGCGAAAUGCGAGACAGCAAAAUUAAAGGUGCUAGGUGGCUUUAUCUUUAGCAUCUACUUCGGGCUACUGGUUAUAUUAGUUGUCAUCUACGUCCUAGUGCUGGGCAGACAGCUAAUGCUUCUGAGCUGUCUUGUCUACUUGGUGUUGGUGCUGACAAUGACGCUGCAGCAGGUGAUGCUGGUGCUCGAGCUGUGGGUGAGGUUCUGCAGCCUCAACGCCAACCUGCUGGAGGUCUUGUCGUUCCCUGGGGAUUCCUGGCUGUGCUUCCUGCUGGGAGGCACUUGGCUACCAACCACACCCCCGCGCCCGCCUCUGCCGGUGAUCGACAGCAGCCUCUGCCAGCUGCAGGACGCACACGUGGCGCUGACGAGGGCCGCUGACAUGCUGCAGCAGCACUUCGGGCUGCCUACGACAGCCAGCACUGCAGCCAGUGUGUGCGGCGCAACUUGCAGCGCGUAUGAACUGCUAAUGGCGCUGGUGAAUCCGGACUGGAUCGAGCAGUAUUCGCUGUUCCAGUCGGCUGGCGUUUCUGCACUGUGGCUGGCCUACCACCUCAUCAAGUUAGUGUCCCUGGCGCUGUCUUCUGCGAAGGCUAUAGACGCUGCGGCAGCCACGGGGGUGAUCCUGCUGAGGGCGUCUACAGUGUCUACGUGUAGCAGCCCUCAGAACGAGGCCUUCCUGCGCCUCACCAUGAUGGGCCCACCGCUACGUUUCACUGCAGCAGGAUUCAUCACUGUCGACCGUCGGCUGUUGGUCUCGGCGACCGCCAUCGUUAUCACAUAUGUUAUCAUCCUUGGGCAGUUCACAGUGACUCAGUGA